AUGAGUCGACCCACCUCCACUCGGCGGGAAAUCGCGCCAUUACACGUGCCAUGGCUGCAGCACGAGCAAUUUCCUGCUACCAAGCAGGCCUGCAGCUCCCGCGACGGACUCGUCGUGGGCAGCAAGAACUCGCUCAUUAAGGUUGUCCAGGAGCUCAAGCGAGGACGCGCAAAUAUGGAUAAGCAAUUGGCACAGCUGGACACUCAGUUGCUAGCCAUCACGAAUUAUCUGGACGGCAAGAGCUCCAAUAUGCUCCCGCCUCACUUGAUUAUGUACGUGGAGGAAACGUCCGACGUUAUGGCGCCGCUUGCUGGUGACGGUAGAAGACAUGGUGUCGCUGGCAACGGGGCUGCUGUUGCAGGAAAGUUCAGUGGAAUUUCCAAAAGUGAAUCGGAGCCACCAACACCUGCGCUAGUGGAAGAAGAUAUUAACUUGGAUACACCGUGCACGACGACUGGGCUAUGGAAGUAUUUGUAUGCGUAUUCGUUCUUUAAGACGAUCACACCGGAUGACAUGGAGCAGGCCUUAUUGCUCGAGGCGGGUCUCGAUUUCGAUCGACUUCAGGAUAUUACGAGCUUGAACAAGUCUGACCCGCAAGAUCUCGACGAUUUUUUCAAGGAGGUAAGUUGA